AUGUUGGUUGGAGUCGCAUGGAUCUCGUAUUGGAUUGACUGGAAAAGUACUGCUGCUCGUGUCCCACUGGCUAUCGUCACCCUCCUUACGAUGAUCACCACUUCUCACGCGAUCAACUCGAAUCUGCCGCCAGUCUCAUAUGCGAAGUCAAUCGACAUAUGGGUUGGAGCCUGUGUCGUGUUCAUCUUCUUCUCUUUGAUCGAGUACGCUGUCGUGAACUAUAUGGGUAUACUGGAUGAGCACAGACAAAUGCGGAAAGCGGCUUGUAAUCGAAGUCGAUUGUCGAAUGUGAUCGACAAUCAGAUGUGCAUGCAAUCCGUCGAGCAGAUGGCUUCGCCAAGUUCCCUCGUAGGAUUCAGCCCACAGGAGAAGAAGCGCCUUCUACGACGGAAACGUAACAAAUCAUUCGAGUUGCGCGAAGAAGAAAUUGGAUUGGUUUAUGAUGGCAUUGAACUCAGCGACAUGGGCCAACCACCACGGACAGCCGGCCAUGUCGAGGAAGGAUGGACGUUCCAGGACACAACGGAUUUGGUCUAUAUCGGCCAACGGAAACGAAUUGAGCUUGUUCGCUGGUGCAGUGUGCUGUCGUCGAGGGGUCGAGCCGAACGUAUAGAUAUCAUUGCUAGGAUCAUCUUCCCAAUCGCCUUCAUUUUGUUCAACUUCGCCUACUGGAGUAUAUACCUGGAAGAGCAGGAUUAA